AUGGCCAUGAAUCGCAUUCCCGGUCAUAACAUCUAUGUCGGAGGGAUAUUGUCUUUGAAGAACAAGGCUGCUCUCGAAAGAGAAAACAUCACUCAUGUUGUUUCUGUUCUCCGUCUCAGUCCCUCUGAAGAAAUAUUCUCAUCCUUUCAGCAUCACAAGAUAGAUGUUGAUGAUGUUGAUUAUGAAAACAUUCUCGAACAUCUCCCAGGUGCUGUCAAAUUUAUCCAAUCUGGUUUAGAUGCAAAUGGAGGUGUCCUUGUGCACUGUGCAAUGGGCAAGUCCCGAUCUGCCACAGUCUGCAUUGCGUAUUUACUCCAUCAACAGCGCAGUGCACUCACACCGCAAUCUGCUUUGGAAAUAAUCAGACAAGGACGGCCCCUCUGUGAACCUAAUGACGGUUUCAUGCAACAGCUGGAGUUGUAUCACGAAAUGGGGUGUCCAGAUGAUGUCACAGUCCACCCAGUCUACCAACGGUGGCUAUAUCGUCGGGAGGUUGAGGACAGUGUGGCGUGCGGUCGUGCCCCGGAAUUAAAAACUGUGCGCUUUGAAGAUGAACAGCCGCAGAGGCACCAGCCAGAGGAUAACACCGAAGUGGAGAUUAAGUGUCGAAAAUGCCGGCGGGGCAUCGCAUCAUCAAAAUACAUUAUCUCUCAUGAGCAGGAAAAACGCAGCAAUGCCCGGGCAGAUUCCAACGCAGAUUGUGCCCAUAUUUUCUUACAUCCCAUGAAAUGGAUGAGCUCAAGUCUUUUCCCAUCGGCCGGAGGACAAUACUCUGGAGACGCACCAUUAUCUGGUCGCUUGUCCUGUCCCAACCGUACCUGUGGAUCCAAUAUUGGUAAAUUCGCCUGGCAGGGCAUGCAAUGCAGCUGUAACAGCUGGGUGGUGCCUGCUCUGUGUCUGACUAAAGCUCGCGUGGAUAUCGCCAACAAGCCAAAGGCAGGAGGCAACCCUCUUCCAGGAGCAGUGGGUAUUCGUCUUCCCCCGGGGAUGCGGACUGAAAAAGACGCUGGCUCUGAGCGUGGUAAUCUAUGA